UGUCACAGAAACCUAUGAGCUGAAAGUUGCGUGUGUUUCAAAGCAAGUAUGGAGGAUUUCAGUGACACGAAUUCGCACGAAAUGACAGAAAAUCAUGUUCAAAAACGGUGUAAUAAUCAGUGGGUUCGAUUAAAUGUUGGUGGUACAUAUUUUUUAACGGCGAAGACUACUUUAGCUAGAGACCCCAAUUCAUUUCUCUAUCGAUUGUGUCAAGAAGAUUCUGACCUUAUCUCAGACAGGGAUGAAACUGGAGCAUAUUUAAUAGAUCGUGAUCCAACAUAUUUUAGUCCUGUUUUAAAUUACUUACGUCAUGGGAAAUUGGUUAUUAAUAAAGAUUUAACAGAAGAAGGUGUCUUAGAAGAAGCAGAAUUUUAUAAUAUUACAGAACUCAUUCGGCUAGUGAAAGAAAGAAUUAUCUUAAGAGAUACCAGACCAUUAAGAGAUUCAAAGAAACAUGUUUAUAGAGUCAUUCAGUGUCAUGAAGAUGAAUUAACUCAAAUGGUAUCAACAAUGUCUGAUGGAUGGAAAUUUGAGCAGUUAGUCAAUAUAGGAUCUCAAUAUAAUUAUGGAAAUAACGAUCAUGCUGAAUUUCUAUGUGUGGUCAGUCGAGAAUAUGGAGCCAGUCAACUCAAUAGUAAGGAACAAGAAUCAACGGAUCGUGUUAAGGUUCUGCAGCAGAAGGGUUCUCGCAUGUAAUCUCUAAAUCCGUCCUUUUCUUUUCUUGCUUCAUUUAAUUAAAUCAGCUGCGCAGCAACAAGAUGAAGACUGUUUUUAUUUCUACAUGUAAAAGUUUAAGUUCACAAAAGAUCUUCAUUGCUUCAUUUUUCAUGUACAGUGAUAAUAACAAAAAAGAAAAUACAAAGGUAUAAUACCUUUUGUAGAUACGUAGUUAUUAUGCAACAACACAUGGUGAAGCUUUAAAAACCGAAAGUAUCACACAUUAAUAAGUGAAUCGUUUUAUCUUUUCCAAUCAUAAUUUUAAUUUAUCAAACAAACAUUUAACGAGAAUGAAUAUGGAUUGUAGUGAUAGAAAUAGUGCUUAAUCAUUCCAUAAGGGAUCAUACAUUUUAUAAUGAAAGAAAUUAAUACUGAAGUAAAACUUUUUAUCCCACUUAUAAUCUGUGACACUCUCCUUUUAAAAAAGAAUGUACCAAAUAUAAAAAAUAUUAAUACAUAUAUACACGCAAUCACUAAUAUUAAUAUGCUAUGAAAAGAAAUUGUUAUUUAGUAAUGUUUUAGUUCACUAAAUAGUUUAAAAGACAAUAGCAUUCAUAAAGGCAAUCUUUUUCAUACAAAUUUCUACAAUGAAUAUAAAUACUCUCUAGUAAUAAAUAGUUUAUCUUUUUGUAACAAGUUGUAUAAAAAUAAUUUUUUUUCUAAUCGUAUCUUUGUCAUAAUAUUAUCUAAAUUACUUACCUUCGCACUGCCGCUAUAAAACAUAAAAUAAUAUUUGUAUAUUUAGCAUGAUACUUUUGAUUAUCAAAUACAAAGUUAUAACUACAAAUGUAAAACUAAUUUUGACAUGUAAUAACGUGGAUGAAAAAAAAGAAUGAAUGUAAUUUUUAACAAAAGCAAUUUAUUAUAUCGUUUACUAAUAUACGAUAAUAUAUAGCGAAAAGAUUUGAAUACAAAAGUUUAAACCAUAUGAAACAUUUAAAGAAAGCUGAAUAAUUCUCAAUUACUUAAGUAUUAUUUUCUAUAUGCAUAUAAUUUCUAUUUCAUAAUAUUUCAUUUAAUGCAAAGCAAUUAGGAAGGUAGACUAUGAAAUUAUGUAUGUAUAAAAGAUACAUAUUAUUUUAUUUUCUUCUUUCUUCUUUUAUUUACAGUGCAUCUACUUUGUUUAGAUAAGCGUUUCCAUUUUUAUAUAUAUUUAAGACUACAACAAAUCUUUAUUAUAUAAUUAUAGAAUUAAAAACACUUUAUAAUAGGCAUUAACAUAAACUGUCAAUUGUUGAAGGCCUAUUAAAGAAGUGUUGUAGACAAUAUACUUGUAUUUAAAAGCAUUAUUCAUGAGAAAAAACUUACACGUAGCACUAAAUUGUUAUAGGUAUUGUUAGAAUUAUGUUAUAUAUAAUAUAUAAUAAAUUGUAUAUUAUAUAUACAUAUAUACAAUAGUUUCAUAAAAAAAAAUUUUUCUAAACAUAUAUAAAAUAAUUUAGUGAUAUUAUUAGUUAAUUACGAUUUACAUUCACAAUAUGUCACUCGGUAAACAUUAAUACAUGAAAAUUUAAUUAUAUAGUUUACAAUAAUUUUGCUAGUAAUUAUCAUUUUAUGUACUCAAAAUAACAGGAAAAUUUUAGGACCAACGUUAGUCAUUUUGUGCAAUGUAUAAUGUAACUCAGUGAACUUGUGUUUAACUUGUAUGAUUAAUCUAAUUGAUAUUAGAAUUAUCAUAUUAUACAUAGGUAUAUAUAACUCUAUAUGUAAAAGAGUUUGUACUUUCAUAGAUAUAUUUCUAAGUCUAUUAACUGUUUGAUGUUUAUUGUUAGAAAAGAAAGUAAUAUUUAUAUGCAUCAAAAGUAAGUUUUAAUACCGAUAAAUAUUUCAAAUUACAUAGAAAAAGAUUAUAGGAGGGAGUAUAUAAAUGCAAAUGAAAUAAAUAAAAUUUAUAACAUACAAAUUGUGGAUUUAAAAUAAAAGCAAUUCUAUUUAUAAAGGA